CAACGCCUAAAGGACGCGAAGAUGCGAUAGCUACCUCCUAGCACCGGGCACUAAUACGUAGAACGCCAACCGCCUCACGACGAUCUACACAAUUUCCUUCCUCGUCUUUAUCUUAUAAUAUCGUCCUCAAUCAGCCACUCCGUCCUUGCAUGAGACUAAUCCAAGCAUCUGCAUAUGUAGCAUUACGGAUUACACAUUUGGAGUACCUACAUGAGAGCUUAGACGCAUGUACGAAGUUGACCGGUUGUGCUUUGAAGAUAAGCCUGGUGUAACGGAAUCCGCAGUCUUUUAUUUAAGACGGGUAGAGAUUCGACGAGGACUCGACGGACUCAAUAGUCCCUAUAUCCAUUAAGAAUUACAGCCAAUUGAUUAUUCAAGACUUGGCAUUUCACAAUGGCGUCUAAUAACGACGAUGGGAAUGACAGGAAUGACACCCAUUCCGUCUCUCCCGAUUCCGCCAGUGAGACGACUCCGCUUCUAAUGGUGUCGCCCGUUGCGACGAUAAGCGGAAGCGAUACGCUGGCCGCGGAGGACGGCGAGUCUUGCAGACUUCUCGGCAGGCCCGAGGACAAGCCACUACCUAAGCUUCAGAUUUUCCUGCUCUGUUAUGCGCGCCUUGUCGAGCCUAUCGCAUUCUUCUCCAUCUUCCCGUACAUCAACCAGAUGGUUCAAGAGAAUGGCCACUUGAACGAAGAAGACGUGGGCUUCUACGGCGGACUGAUCGAGUCCCUCUUCUCGCUCACGCAGAUGGUUGUGAUGAUAUUCUGGGGGCGAGCAGCCGAUCGCUGGGGCCGCAAACCCGUACUCGUAUCGUCCUUGCUCGGCGUUGCUAUUUCGGUCUCCCUGUUCGGGCUUGCGCGCUCUAUCUGGCAGAUGGUUGUGCUACGGUGUCUAGCCGGAAUCUUCGCCGGUACCGUUGUCACUAUUCGCACUAUGAUCGCCGAGCACAGCACCCCGCACACCCAAGCUCGCGCCUUUAGCUGGUUCGCCUUCACCAGCAAUGUCGGCAUCUUCCUCGGUCCUCUCAUCGGCGGCGCGCUCGCGGACCCCGCGCAUCAGUACCCCUGGGCGUUUAGUGGCGUGCCGUUUUUCGAGGAGUACCCCUACGCGCUAUCAUCUAUUGUCGUCGGAUGUAUCGGCUUGACGGCUGUAUUUACCAGCGCGUUGUACAUCGAAGAGACAUUGGAUCGGAGCAAGGUCCCGAGUGUAGACUCUAGCGAUGGCGAAGCAGGCGCAGCGCCCAAACCGGAAUCAACCUCUACACUACAUCUCCUUAAAGCCCCUGGUGUCGGUAUCGUGCUGUACAAUUACGGACACGCGAUGCUCCUUGGAUUCGCGUACACUGCGAUCGUUCCCGUAUUCUGGUACACGUCUGUAGAACACGGCGGCUUUAGUUUUACCCCCUUGCAAAUUUCUCUAUGCAUGGGUCUAACCGGAGUAUCCCAAGCAUUGUGGCUCCUCUUAGUAUUCCCGCCUCUGCAGCGUCGAUACGGAACCAACGGUGUUCUACGCGCCUGUGGUAUCGCAUACCCGUUCUUCAUCGGUGCUAUGCCGUUCUUAAACCUCAUUCUGUAUCAAGGAACUCCCGCCUCCAACACUGCGUUCUGGAUCAUAGUCUAUGUCACGCUAGCGCUCGGCCCGGGUGUUAGCAUGGCCUUCACAGGGGUUCAGCUUGCGCUAAAUGACGUGUCGCCAUCUCCAGCGACUCUAGGCACGCUCAAUGCCCUGGCGCUUACCAUCACGAGUGGUCUUCGCGCAUUUUCCCCUUUGUUUUUUACUAGUCUAUUUGCUAUUAGCGCAAAGUACGAACUUGUUUGGGGAUAUCUCGUAUGGUUGAUCUUGACUGUUAUUGCUGUUGCUUUUACUGUCUCGACGAGGUUCUUGCCGGCAGCUAGCGAGAAGGACUACGACCGCGAGGUGCUACUGGGGCGAGAUGUGGACGACGAUAAUUAAGAUAAAACCACCUGAUAGCGAGAGAGCGUCGAAAUAGGUUAGCGUUUGUUCACUUUGAUUGACAUAAGAGCCGGGAUAUGUAAGAUAGAAAACAUCAAGAACUACCAAUCAAGGGUAGUAACUAUUCAAAGCUGAUUAUUAUUUAGAAU